AUGACCCCUUUAACUGCAAAGGGUCCCGAAGGAAUUAUUAAAUCUCUUCAGGUGGAUUUUGGGUUCCUCAAACAAUUGAUUCAACUGAAGUUUGAGGACCGUCUUAAAGAGGAAUCUUGCAGACUCUUCACUUCUCUACACGACAGGAUCCUGACAAUCGAAAAACGUUACCAACAGAAUGAGGAUACCUUAAGAAAAUGCUACAGUCAGCAGCUGGCCGAUGCCAUAGCUACUGUCAAAGGAAUGUACCAGCGAUUCUUUGAGGUGGAAGAAGAGAAGACACCUGUGCAUGACGCAAUGACUGUCAAAAUGAAUAUUUUGUUAAAAAAACUGAAGGAGAAAGAAGAACUCAUUAAGGAAUUAAGAGAAGAACUGGACCAAUAUGAAGAAUUUGGAUCUCAAAAAGUUGACUCUUUUAUCAAAGACGGCAGCCCUCUAAGAACAGCUCUGGAAAAGGAAAAUUUGGAGUACAGAGUGGAAAAUGAGAGACUGCUUCAAGUCAUUUCAGAACUCCAAGAAGAAAUCCAACUCAAUCUAAAAGAAAAUUCAGUAUUAGAAGAUGAAAUUAUAAGUCUGAAAGAGAUGGCAGAAAAGGAUCAUAAAACCAUUCAAAAGCUAAUCAAUGGCAGAGACAAAUUAAUAUGUGAGCUUGAUUUUGAAAAAUCAUUAGUGCAAGAAAUGGUUAAUAAACAGAAAGAGGACCUUGAAAUGAGAAGAAGGUUUGACGCCAUAGUCUCCAAGAGCCGCAGAGCCAUCAAGGGGAAAGAAGCCACCUUGUCCCCGUGGCCCUCACAGCCCGGGAGUGCAGACGCUCCGAGGCCACGUUCUUCCUCCGCCGUUUCAUUGCUUCCUGAGGCCAGAAGAGUCAGGAGUCCAAAGAAGGCUUCAAAGGAAGAGCCGCCUACGGUUAGACAUGGAAUAUCUGCUGCGAUGCAUGGAGAAAAAGCGAGACUACCAGUGGCUAAGAUUGAAGAAGAGAAACAUGGUUUGGAAGAGCAAAUAGAAAUGUUAAAGGCUGAGUUAGAGAAAGAGAAAAAGAAGUCGGAGAGGGUUAAGAAGGAAUCAGAUCAGAUCAACAAAAACUGGGAAAAGAAAUUCUUAAUUCUCAGGAACAGCUUUCACGUGCUUAAGAAUGAGAUGUUCACAAGGCACACAUUGUUCCGUCAGUUUUUAGUGCUGGCUGACACGUCCUUCAAUUAUGUUAAAGUUAAACCUUUAUUUGUGCAAAAUCCAAAGUGAAAUUGGUAACAGCAUCGACAUCUUCUGCAAAUGUUUAUCCUGCAUCUUCGGUAGGGAGAUUAUUUUUUCCCUAUUUAACAUUUAAUCAGUCAGUAUUAUUCAGCCUCAGUAAUGAAAUGGUUUGGUUUACCUACAGAUAGACAACAGGUAUGUCGACCUAGACAGGGAUCACAUAUCUCUCCCUCCUUCACCAAGAGGUAAGAAUCCUUAUUGUUGGAGAAAUGGUUCACGCAGGAUGGGUAAUUAAGAUUAAUAAUGCUUUUCUUUGUUGUCCUGAGAUGUUUGGUUUCUGGGUGAAUGCAUAACUUUUUUCAGCCAAUUUCUUAAAUUAAUAGACAUGAUAAAUAAAAGCAUGUUAAUAUGUAUUUCUGAAUAUUGAUCUCUGCUAACUGAAAAUGAAUUGAGUCACACUUCAAAACCAGGAACUGUCUCAGUUGGAAUCCUGUUUCUUUUUAAUUAAACUGCCAACAAACCUGAAGCUCCUGUUAUAUCCCUGUUUUUCCAAUUUAAUACUUAGAAGAAAAGGACAACUAUUUACAGCAUCCUUUAUCUCCCAUCAGUCCUUGUGUGGCCUCAAAUUGGACUCUUUUGGAGGUGGAAGUACAUUUUGUCCACACGUUUCUGUAAGUCUUUA